UUCAGAAAUCUGGUGACCUUAAAACACAACACACAGCCUACAUAUAUUAAACAGAUAUCAUAAUGCCAGGUGAGAGCUUAUACUUACGAUCUAAUUAAGAUCAAUAGCUUGUUUAGUGCUAGUUUAGAUCAAUGCAUAACAGUGCAUGUAUUUCAACGACUGGCGUUACGUUGAAAACACGGGCCUGCAGAGUUAGACUCGCGUUACUGCUAAACUAUCACUCCUAGCAUACCUUCCUCUUCGUCUCCAUCGACGUCCCUCUCCCGUUUCACGCCUGCGAUCAUCUUACGUCUAAAAACAAGUUAGUUUCAAGUGAAUUCACCGCUGAAUGGACACUUCUGCGAGUGUUAUUAAACUUCCGCCUUCACUUCCGCUCUAAAAUUGGGUGGCCAAGAGCACACUAACCCGGGGUUGGAAACAAACACAAUCAAUGGAUUUGUCGUGUAACGUACUUUCUGCGCAUUUUAUUAUGCAUUUCGAUUUUUAAUAUAGAAAUACGCGCUCCGGGGUUGUAGGACGGACACAAUACAAGCGCGGUCGUUUGUGGGGGAAGUAAACAAACAGCUCCGACAACUCGGAGUUCGCUUUUAUUGGCCAGCGUUUUUAGUUCUCGGCCCCAGUGUUCGGAGGGAUGUUGUAGACGGAAUGUGUAACAUUGUGCUAAAAUGAAUUUAUUUUGAGGCCAGAGCAGAGCCAUGGAGGUCAUGCCUGACGCAGAGGGGGAGAGAGUUAAAUACAAGCCCGGCGGGCGCUUGGACAUGAGCCACGGGUUCCUGCGGCACAUCAGGAGGAAUCAGAUCGCCAGGGAUGAUUAUGACAGAGAAGUAAAGCAGGCUAAGGAGAAACAGAGGCGCAGACACACCACCACCCCUUGGCGUCCACGGAAACCCGACCGUCAGGUGUAUCACCCACGCCUCCGCAAUGGAUCUGAACCUGGUGCGAAUGCGGAGGCAGAGGACUGGAAUGAGAGCAGCUCUGGCACAGAGCAGGAGAACACUGGCACAGAGCUGUUCUGGCUCGAUUAUCAAGCUGACAACGGCCAAAUAACGUCUCUCAUUGUUCACAAG